AUGUCUCUUUUGGAGGAUUUUGUUGCCUACCUUUUCUCUAGCCCCACCACUUUGUUAGGGGUUGUUGCUCUCCUGCUCACCCUCUUUCUUGUUUCCAAGAGUUUCACCUCCCAGGAAUUCAGGAGGGAGCCUCCAGGUCCGAGGCCUCUUCCCCUGCUUGGCAACCUGUUGCAGCUUGAUCUCAAGAGACCCUACAAAACCCUGUGUGAGCUUUCAAAGAAACAUGGGUCUGUGUUUACGGUGUACUUUGGAACCAAUAAAGUGGUGGUCCUGGCAGGAUACAAGGCAGUCAAAGAGGCUCUGGUCAGCAACGCAGAAGAGUUUGGAGACAGAGACAUCGCCCCUAUUUUUUAUGAUUUGAAUGAAGGUCAUGGAAUUCUGUUUGCAAAUGGAGAAUCAUGGAAAGAAUUGCGACGUUUUGCCAUCACCACCCUCAAAGACUUUGGGAUGGGCAAAAGACUGUCUGAGGAGAAAGUCUUGGAGGAAUGCCACCAUCUGAUCCAAGUGAUUGAAAAGCACGAAGGGAAACCAUUUGAUACAACACGCCCAUUAAAUCAUGCAACAUCCAAUAUCAUCUCCGCUAUUGUGUACGGCAGCAGGUUUGAAUACAAUGACCCCCGAUUCAAAAACAUGGUGAGAAGAGCCAACGAAAGCAUACGUAUUGUGGGCUCUGCACCGAUCCAGCUAUACAACAUGUUUCCGAGGAUGGUCGGUUGGAUAAAAGACCGGCAGUUGAUAUUAAAAAAUCUUGCAAUGACUGUCAGAGAUGUCAAAGAAUUAAUCAUCCAUCUGAAAGAGACACUGGACCCUCACAUCUGCAGGGGGCUUGUGGACUGUUUUCUGAUCCGGAAGCAGAAGGAGGAGGACUCAUGUGUAAUGGACACUCACUACAAUGAGAAUAACUUGAUAUUCACAGUGACCAACCUCUUUUCAGCUGGUACUGAUACCACAGCAACUACACUGAGAUGGGGUUUGCUGCUUAUGGCUAAAUAUCCGCAUAUACAAGACCAGGUCCAGGAGGAGCUGAGCAGAGUGAUAGGAAGCCGUCAGGUCCAGGUAGAUGACCGGAAGAACCUGCCGUACACUGACGCUGUCAUCCAUGAGACACAGAGACUGGCCAACAUUGUCCCCAUGGCCAUUCCUCACAAAACCAGCCAAGACGUCACCUUCCAGGGCUUCUUCAUCAAAAAGGGGACUACUGUGCUUCCUCUUCUUACUUCUGUCCUGGCAGAUGAGAGCGAAUGGGAAAGCCCAAACUCUUUCAACCCUUCCCACUUUCUGGAUAAGGAGGGUAAAUGUAUCAGGAGAGAUGCCUUCAUGCCCUUUUCUGCAGGUCGCAGGGCGUGUCUGGGAGAAAGUCUGGCUAGGAUGGAGCUCUUCCUCUUCUUCACCUCCCUCCUCCAGCACUUUCGUUUCACUCCUCCACCUGGAGUCACAGAGGAUGAACUGGAUCUGACUCCAGCUGUGGGCUUCACCCUCAACCCUUCACCUCAUGAGCUGUGUGCUGUCAGUCGCCAAUAA